CUAGAGACCCCCACUGCUUUUUCUCCAUCGCUCCCCACUCUCCGCUAUCACACAUGGCACCCAGCCCUCCUCCCCCUCCUCACUCACACUUCCCAGAUGGAUUACAGCCUCAUAGGUUCUGACAAGAAGAUCUCUUCUCCUUGCUCUCAUCUUGCACCGUGUCCCAUGGGCUGGAGGCUGCCGGGCUGCCCCACUCUUUUCCUCUCCAUGUCCUGCCUCUGGAUGACAGUUAUGGCCUCCUACACCAAGCACAACGUUCAGAUACCGGACCUGUCUCCUCUGUGGCCUCCACACUAUCAGUAUUUCACAGACGGUAAUCGUCUCCCAGUCAUCUCCGGAGGCACCUGUCGGGUGGUGUCUGCCCAUCGCUGCUGCAACAGGAACCGUAUUGAGGAGCGCUCACAGACGGUGCAAUGUUCCUGCCUGCCUGGGAAGGUGGCUGGGACAACCAGGGACAAACCAUCCUGUGUGGACGCUUCCAUAGUGAUGGGGAAAUGGUGGUGCGACAUGGAGCCCUGCCUGCAGGAGGAAGAAUGUCAGACGCUGCCUGACAACUCCGGAUGGAUCUGUUUUCCAGGGAGGACGCAUCAAGACCACUAAGGUU